GGGAAUCGACGCAACAUAUCUGAUGAGGAGAAAAGGAUGGUUGUGAUCAUGGCUGAGCGUCUGAAACCUGCUGAUAUCGCCGAGAUCACUCGCAUCCGCCCCUCUACAGUGCGGAAGGUCCUGCGGCUUUGGCGGACAACCGGUGAGGUCUCUCAGCGGUCGCACAUUACUGGGAGGCCUCGUGCACUGACAGGACUCGAAAUUGCGUAUCUUGAGUCGCUUAUCGAGCGGAAACCGGACAUGUAUUUGUCGGAGCUCAAGCAGCAGCUUGAGGCCGCAUAUGAGGUGAGAGUUGAUGAGACUACGAUCUCUCGUGCUCUU